CUUCCUUUGUUGUUGAAUUUAUAGUGAUACAUAUUGAGGAUAAGAAAAAUAAACUAAACUCAAAUUAAAUGGGAUUCAACUUUAGGUGCUGUAUUCUAACUCCCUUUCCAGCCCACAGGGCAUCUCUGUGUAAAUUAAGAGAUUUAACCUUCCUUAUGAACCUUUAGGGCUAUCUUGAAGAAAACUAACUCUCUCUCUCUCUCUCUCUCUCAUACACACACACACACACACACACACACACACACACACACACACACACACACACGGGUAAAAUAUCCCUAAUGAACACAAUGUAAAUAGACUGCCUGGAGCUGCACAUGGCAGAGUUGUAAGUGUGUGUUACCCCAUGUCCUGGUGCCCAGCUCUUUUAAACACUGUAGUCUACUGGAGUGUUAGAAGAAACUUGGAGGAGGAGAAAAUCAGCGGGAUCUUGCUGAAGCAAAUCCCAGGAUGUCUUCUAGUUGCUGCCUGAGGCUGAUGCUGAACACUUGAGAUGGAGAGUACCCAGGGAGGAGUGUGAGAAACUGCAGCCGAGAUGCGAUACUUUUGAGAUGCUGCUGGCUGGGACAUCGUGUCCAGACAUGUUUGUCAAGAACGCACUAAAACAAGUGUUGGACGACCUCACUAGCAAGCUGUCGUCAGACGCUCUCGUGUUCAGAAUCUGCAACAGCCCCGUGUAUCUCUGGCCAAACAGCGACCUGAGCACGGGAGAGUUCACUGACAGCUCGACCUGUAAGAGCAUAGUGCACUUCAUUCAAUUGGAGCAGGAAGAGGAUACGAAGCGAAAAUUCAUAAAAAAGAAAGACAAAAAGUUACCAGACAUGCAACAAAUAGUAAAUAUAGAGCUCAUGCUGGAAAUAUCAACCUCUCUGGGAGCUGUAACCCCCAUCAUUGAAAGGGAAAAUGAAGAACACCACUACAUUAAUAUGAGCUUGCCGAUCGAUGCGGUUGUAUCUGUUGCUCCCGAAGAAACAUGGGGAAAAGUUCGAAAACUUCUAGUGGAUGCAGUUCUUAAUCAACUAGUUGAUGUGGAAAAAUGCAUUUUGAGAUAUAUGAAAGGAACAUCCAUUGUAGUCCCUGAACCACUGCACUUCCUAUUGCCAGGGAAAAAAAAUCUUGUAACAGUUUUAUAUCCAUCAGGAAUUCCAGAUGGUCAGCUGCAGGCCUAUAGAAAGGAGUUACAUGACCUCUUCAAUCUGCCUCAUGACAGACCUUAUUUCAAAAGGGCUAACGCUUAUCACUUUCCAGAUGAACCAUAUAAAGAUGGCUGCCUUAGAAACCCACAUACUUACCUGAGUCCGCCUAACAUAGAGGGUAGCAUGGUUUGUGUGGUCCAGGGCAUCUAUGCUUAUCAUCACUAUAUGCAGGAUCGGAUAGAUGAUAAUGGCUGGGGCUGUGCUUAUCGGUCCCUACAGACCAUCUGCUCAUGGUUCAGACAUCAGGGAUACACAGAGAGGUCCAUUCCAACACACAGAGAAAUUCAGCAGGCUCUUGUUGAUGCCGGAGACAAGCCAGCAGCAUUUGUGGGAUCACGGCAAUGGAUUGGAUCUAUUGAAGUACAGCUGGUGCUAAACCAACUGAUUGGUGUCACUUCAAAAAUACUGUUUGUUAGCCAAGGUUCAGAAAUGGCCUCUCAAGGACGGGAACUGGCCAACCAUUUCCAGAAUGUGGGCACUCCAAUAAUGAUUGGGGGAGGAGUAUUGGCUCACACAAUACUAGGAGUCACAUGGAAUGAAACUACAGGGCAGAUAAAAUUUCUAAUUCUAGACCCGCAUUAUACAGGUGCGGAAGACCUGCAAGUUAUCUUGGAAAAGGGCUGGUGUGGAUGGAAGAGCCCAGACUUUUGGAACAAGGAUGCAUACUAUAACUUAUGCCUUCCUCAACGACCGAAUGCUGUUUAAAUGCUAUUUAAAUUACUUGGAGUCAAGACUAUAGGUUUAAAAGAGCUGUUCUAAUGUCAAUAAAAGCAAGCAUAAUUUUAAAUUAAA